AUGGACGACUCACUCUACGACACAUCAUGGAUACUGUACACCAUCCCCUCCCUGAGCACACCACUAAACUCACUUCUCGCUCCUCCACCAUCCUCUUCGCAAUCCACCACAUUUUCUGCUCUUGACCAGCAUGCCAAAAUCCUCCACAACUCCCUCAUUGAUCGCCAACGACCCCGAUACGAAGAUGAGGAAGAGAAAGAGAAACUCGGUGGACUGCGAGCAUGUACUUGGACAAGACUAUCAGGAGGCACCCGACGUGAGGCAAGAACGCGGCCCAUCGUCAAGCAAAAGCGCAAACGUGAGGAGAUGACCGACGACGACAAGAUUAAUCUGGAGCAAGGAUUACUGGUGUCUUUAGUUUACGACAAAACGACCUAUAAAUUCGCCAUAUUCGCCGCCGCCCAACCCGAGACUUCUACGAAGCGGCCCAGGUUUUCAGCGUUUAGACCUCCAGCCCCACGGACGACCGAAACUAAACCAGACAAUCAAGGCAUCGUGUUGGCAAAAGCUUCACCUUCUGCAUUCAAGGCAUUUCAGUCAUACUUGUCAGACAUGUUUGCCAUAAAAGAGAUCAAUGCCUUAAAACUUCCACCUCAGUUCCUCCAAUCCACCAUUGCCAAAUACAUAUCCACCAUACAUACAGGCUUGUCACGGACUACUUCAGAGCGACAGUUGCCUUUGGAUAUCAAGGCCGUCCUCGGCAUGAUGAAAAUCUCCAUCAGCUUCUCCGCGCCCAUUGCACCGAGCCUGAAGAUGCUUGACGUCGAAGUGCCUAGUGAGACUAUACUGGCAGCGAUAAGUCGUAUUGAUCCGGACAAGAGGGCCGAGAAUCACGAUCGCCACGAGCCCGAGCAGCAGGAAAAUGCGACGGAAACUGUUCUCGACGUGCUCAAACAAUCAAUAUACGAAAGGACCGGGCUAAAACUUCCGCUCUCCCAAGACGAGAAACCCAAAGAUCCAGACCCCGCAGAUCAGACAGAAGACAAUGUAGAACCCACUCCUGCAGAUGCCACAGCGAUACCAACAACAGCACCAGCAACAACAGACGACAACAAGCCAGAACCCGAACCCGAACCCCCAAUGCGCAUCUCACGGAUCCUCUCCGCCGCAUUCGCCAUCUCCAGUGAAGGCCGAUUGAAACUCGCCCUGAAAGCCGCGGAGACAUGUGACAGCGAGGGUGAAGGAAAUCACGACAACGAAGAUUCCACGCUACAGCCCAACUCUGGCGCCAACGUCGUGCGCGUGGCUAACGAAGCCCUACUGAAAGCUGUGCUACUCGAAGCAAGAAGGCAGAAGAGAGAAGACGCCUGA